AGGAAGGGAAAUUUAAGUUUCCAAAUUGAACAUUAACAAUGCAUGGUAGAUAUAAUUAAUAUGACGUUACGUGUGAGCGUUGCAGCUCAGCUGGGCAUUAUAAAAAGGCAUCCAGUAAAACAGAGUGAGUAAGCGGCCAGCAAAUAUUAUACAGAAGUACGUAUCAGCGUGUGGGUGAUCUGUGAUGGAAGUCUUUCCUACUGUGCUGUUGUUUUCUCUUACUGUUGUGAUCAAUGCUCGAGCUCAGCUACAAGGUUCGUCUCCAUUAGGUACUCAAUUUACUGUUCAACAGUCCUCGAAUGGUUUGGUGGUAUCCGCUCGUCUAAUCUCAACCAAUAUUUCUAUACAACGUGACGCAAUAUUCCCUGAGGCAUAUCUCCCUAGCACUUGUGGUGAUCGAUUGUGGCGAUGUCGUGUUACCCUAAUCAAAGACACUCCAAACAACAGAGAAGUGGCUAUAGUCCCCCAUUCAGCCGGAAUUGCUCUGGCACUAUUUGCUGGCAUAAACAGUGAUAGGCUGACCCUAAUAGACCAGUUUGUCCUUGGCCCGCAAGAAGAGGUCAACUGUAGCUUCACCUCCAUCGCAAAAAACCCAUCAGACAAUGGACGUGUGGUAUCGUGUGUUCGCUUUACUCCACUUGCUCGUUUUGAAGUAGAUUUAUGGUUGUUCGAAGUUCACAUCAACUUUGAGACUUUGAACCAGUCGUCCCUAUCGCUGCUGAACGACAAUAUUGAUACCCCGUAUCAAUCGUACUCUACUGGCCUAUCUCCGAUCUUCUUCUCUAGUGUUGAUUUAGUUAGUGACAGUCGUGUGAUCUGGUUUGACGAUGAAGUCUUAUUCACUGUUCUACCCGGUAAUGGUAAUUCAUUCUCAUCGGCUGAACAUUUUUACGCUGACUCCAACAGGAGUGUAUGCUUUGGGAACAAUGUGACGGACGUGAGGCAAUCGAGAGACUUAAAUAAUCUGCUAGUGUAUUGCUCAGAGAACAAUCUGAUCAACAUCAGCGUGAGCGGUCGUGGGGAAAUGAAAGUCGGCGUUAAGCGAACUCAAACGAGGUUUCACUGCCCUCAAGGCGUUUAUAUUGAACAACGAAAUAAAACUUUAGCGCUGGUGUCACCCGGAUUGUUAGAUCAUGUGAUCCCUCAUCCAUUGAACUUGUUGGAGAGAUACGUCGGUGAUUGUGCAUUGACUGAAGAUGCCGCGUAUUUUAUUGGUACUUCGAGAGACGGUAGCAUUGCACUCACAAACCUUCUGGACAAUCAAACAAUCAUUCUCGCUGACGAUGCGCAAAUCAAUCACCAGCUGAUUGAUGGUCAUGUGUUACUGUUCAGUAAUUCAACCGUUUCUGUCGUCCAAGACCUCGCUUGUCACUCACAGCAAUUCAGUAGCAACGAAACAUUUCUUCUGGCCACAUUCGAGUUGAAUCCAGAUUUUUCUUGUCCUGACCAGCAACCCGUGACUACUCCUGCAGAAACAACAGCUGCCACCUCUCAAGAUAAGCCGAACAAUGAGACUUCUCCUCCACCGGGUGAAGCAGUUUAUACUGAUCGACAACAGCUCGCCCUUGGUCUUUCAAUUGGACUGAGUGGAUUUGUUGUCGUCGUUGUAUUGGCUGUCGUCUUCAUUGCAGUUUGCCUGUGUUAUUGGGUAAAAAAGCGAAUGGCCAGAAGUAGGCCGACACAAGAGGUUGGCGGUGAGGCUCAGGGAGGGAGGGAGGAUCACUCUGCUAACAGUCAAGCGGCCUUGCUCAAUGGCAACAACACCCCUGAAAACCAUGAAAGAGCCAUUGAAUUGGCGGUCUUGCAUCAUUCACAGUCUACGUCGAGUCAAGAGAUGGAUUGCCCCACUAUUGUCCUGCCAAGGUCAGCAUCUCCAGGGUUGUCCUUACAACAAACUCAUGUGAUCAAUGAUCCUCAUCCUCCUAGCAGGAUACCAACCCUUUCACCAGCGGACAGGAGUCCUACACCUGACAAUGAUGUCGGGAUGCCUGUACCUACUGAUCCUAACACACUACCUAUCAAUUGUGAAUUCUCCUUGUCUACCAACUAAUGAUUCUUAUUUUUUCGUGUGUGUCAUUUUAUAUUUAUAUUAACCCUUUUACAGCAAAAAUUCAUGUAUCAUGCAUGAACCAUACAUUGAAAUGACUAUUUCCUUCAUCUAUGGUCAUACACUACUCGAACUCUGCUCUUCCUAAUGACUCUUGAUAAUGUACAGGUCAUUUUUCAUUCAGAGAGCUAGCACUGUACUGUUGGGUGCAUAUCCAUUAUUUUUCAGGGAAAAUGUUAUGGAUUAAUCACAAUGACUUAAUUGCCUUUUCAUAGGCAAAUCAUUGAUAACACCCAUUAAAAUUAAGAAUUUCAAGGAUAGUACAUACCAUGAAAUGUGAAAUACCCAUUAAAAAUCAUGUGCAUUUCACAGCCCGAUAGACCAGCUGAAAAUUUUACACACCCAUGAAAAGCAGAUGGAAAAUCAAACUACGGCAUCAUUGCUUUUCAUGGGAAAUUCAUGGAUACAUCUAUUAAAUUUUAGAAUUUCAAAGAUUGAGCAUUGUGAAAUAUCCAUUAAAAUUUAAUAAUAGUUAUAAAGUGAGUCAAAAUUUACAUAUCCAUCAAAUGAAACUUAAAAAACGUACAUGCUAUGGCCACGAGCAUUUGUCAUUUGUAUGCCAUAACAUAACAUAAUAUCUUCCUGUCUCUUUUUCCUCUCCCAGUGCACACGUAGAAGGGUCGUUCUUUUCGUUAUCUCUGACAACCAAUAUUUCGAGCCCUAU